AUGUGUCCUGUCAACGGCCCGUUCGACCAGGGUAACGCAUCCAUCCCCUUUUAUCAACUCGCACGCUAUGCUUGGUCUAAUAUGAACCUAGGUUUGAUCCAGCCCCUGAAGCAAGAGGCGGACCAGCCUCUUGCCAAGAACCCGGAUCAACAGAUCGUCGAGGACCUCAUUCCUGGAGGAGACUUGAUCCUUGCCGUUGGCCCAGAAAGAAGACUGCUCGGGGUUUCUUCGAGUUUCCUUUGCGAGAUAUCGCCCGUCUUUGCCGUCAUGUUCGGACCAAACUUCGAAGAAGGGCAUCGUCUGCGAAGCACACAGCCCGAAGACUCCGAAAUGGUGCUCGAAUUGCCCGAUGACAACGCCCAAGCCUUUUGUAACACUAUACGCGUUUUGUACGGGGCCGAUCCUGCGACAGCAGACUUCGAGCCGGCUGAAAUCCACAAGAUCACCAUCGUCGUCGACAAGUAUGACAUGAUUCCGCGCUUCACCUUUGCUUCGACAUACUGGUUUACAAAGUAUUCCUGGACGGACGACCCGGAAGAAACCUGGCAACUAACAACUGCAGCCUAUUGGAUGCAGAACCCUGAUGCUUUCUUUAAUUUUAGCAAGAAGCUCAUCAAACAGCUGCAGACUUCCCAUCUGAGUCAUGUUGAUAACAUGCCGGACAAAAUGCUUGGGUUGAAACUCUGUUCUAACUUCGGAUAG